GCAUGAGUAUUACAUUGGUUAGGGCAAGGAUCAGACAACAAGCUUUGUUUGUUUUUCUUCUUUCUUUCAGAUGGAGGCUUUUUUGAAAAAGCUUAAUUUAGCCUGUAAGCAUUUGAUUGAGUAUAGAGACAUGUAUGAGUAUGAGAAUCGCAUAAAAACCUUCACAGAAUGGCCUUUUAUGGAGAAUUGCAAAUGUACCCCUGAGCAUACUAUGUUCAUUAAAAAUGCUCCUAAACCACAUGUUCAAGUUAAAGCAGAGUUAGGAGUCUCAGUUAAGCCUACAAAAGUCAGGAAAAAAGAGAUGGCAAGGGCUGGCUUUAUCCACUGUCCAAGUGCAAAUGAACCUGAUGUGGCAAAGUGUUUCUUCUGCCUGAUAGAGCUGGAGGGCUGGGAGCCAAAUGAUGAUCCACAGGUAGAGCACUCCAAACGUCCUAGCAACUGUGGGUUUUUAUCCCUUGCUAAGAACUUUGAUGAUCUGACAAUGGAGGAAUACUACAUGCUGGAGAUGGACCGGUUGAGGACUUUUCUUUGCAAAACCGGCAGAAGCACAAUGAAGUCCUUUGAAGAAGAAGUUGAUGCAACCAGAAAACGCCUCAUUGACCACUUUGUCAGCAAACAUCAGUACACUCCAGAGCCAAAGAUGCCAGUAUCAGAAUCUCCCUCAACAUGCUGAUUCUACUGCACAAAGUUCAGGAAGCCACCAGAACCCCCAAAUGCAGACCAUUGGGCAAAAAAGGAUAAGAUAUCCACAGACUUUCAGGAAGGUGUGUUCAUUUUUGUCUAAUUUUCACGUGGCUGUUCUAAACAUUGUUGAUCUGAUUGGUACUUGGAAUAGAUAUCAGAGAUUCAGUUGUCUGAAUAAUAAAGUACUAAUUUCUGUAGAUGCUUACAAAGUACAUAAUAGUCAAUAUGAACUCCAUCUUUUGAGGUAUAUUUGAUCAGUAUGGCAGAUGUGGACCAAUACAUCUCCCAAUAAACUGGUGUUUGCAAAUGUACAUUGACUUGUUAAGCAGAAUACUUCUGUACGUUUUUAGAUGGUCAAAAUUUGUAUUCUUAAAUAAAGACUUACAGCUGAUACAAGUGUGCACCUGACUGUUAUACCCAAGCUUUGGGAAUGUUCAACUCAACAGAUUUACUGCUGGGCUUUUUGCUGCCUUUCAAGCAGCCAUAGUAUCUGCCAUUUAUCAGUAAAUAUGUAGCUUCUGAAGGUGACCUUAUCAGCCAGUUCCCAGUACCUGUCAUAACCUUCAGAAGGACUUGAAUAAAAGAACUAUUGUUGGUGACAACUUA